GAAAUCGAGCGAUUUAUAAAUGAAGCAGAAUAUGGCGUAAUUUAUAUGAAUCUUGGUUCUACAGUGAAGGAUUCAACACUACCAACGGAAAAAUUAAAUGACCUACUGUCUACGUUCAGGAAACUACCUAUGAGGGUACUUUGGAAAUGGGAUGGUGGAGUCAUAAGCAACCUCCCUAGAAACGUUAUGACCCUGAGAUGGUUCCCACAAUAUGAUAUUUUGAAGCACGAAAACGUGAAAGCUUUCAUCACACAUGCCGGAAUCCUCAGUACUAUAGAAGCAAUAGAUGCUGGUAUACCAGUUGUUGCUAUUCCUCUCUUUGGAGAUCAGUAUGGUAACGCAGCCGCCUUGAGAGACAUUGGUGUUGCUUCCAUUGUAGAGUACCGGGAUCUGAGGAAGGAGUUUCUUUUGGAUGCUAUUAACGAGAUUUUGGAACCGAAAAUUCAACAACAAGCUAAACUAGUAUCCCGCCUUUGGCAUGACCGUCCAAUGUCAGCGCUUGAAACCGCCAUCUACUGGACGGAGUAUGUAGCUCGAUACCACGGUGCACCCAACUUAGCAGCGACAUCUUUACAAAAGCCGUGGUACCAACAACUUCAGUUAGACGUCUUGGCUUUUGUGGCGCUAGUAGCAUAUAUUCUAACAAAAGUUCUUUGUAAAAUUAUCUCUGUUUGCUGUUGCUCAUGUUGUGGUAAUGACGACAAACGAACGUACAAUGAAGAAAGGAGAACCAAAAGAGUGAAAUUUGAAUAAAUUGAUAUAGAUACCAUCUCAAUGGCUUUAAAUUGAGUUGCUUACAGCGACAUCUGUUAUGAGAGAAAAUUAUGCUGAAGUAGAAGGAAAGUAAAAGAGGACUCCACGUAAUAAAACUUAAAAGUGCACAAAACUUAAAUGGUUGUUUGUAAUUGUUGUUAAGUUUGAAUUGUAAUUGUUUAUAAUUGUCUUUAUUAAAAUUUUAUUAAGUAUUUAUUGUCUUCCACACACAUUAAAAAAUAC